AUGGCAUGCUGCGGCGCUGUUUCGCCAACCGCCUUGGAGCAGUACGCAAACUCCAUUCGAGGGCAGCUCCAUGGCUUGGAGCUAUGCAUGGAUUUUCCGAUGUACACGGUACCUUUACGCACCUUAAUGGAGAUGACUCGCUUAGAGCCUCACGAGGUGAUGAAGGAACAAGGUCUGUUGGUGGAGUUUGACAGGAAGAUGGGCAAGGCAGUCUUUGUUUCACACCAGUGGUUGGACGCCGAUCAUCCCGACCCAGACUGCCGGCAGAUGCGGGUGCUGCAAGAUGCUCUGAGGACAGUCAAGAGCAUGCGGAGCAUCCCUGUGGAUGUUGUGAGCGAGACUCUGAAUCAUGGCACACCCUUGCCGUCAUCCGAGCUCCUCUCCGAACCGCUCUUCUUUUGGUACGAUUACUUCUCGUGCCCCCAGAAGGAAGAGCGAACCAAAAGCCAUAAGCGGCUUGCCAUCAACAGUAUACCGGCCUUUGUGGAUAGUUGCUCCUUCUUUUUUGCGCUCGUACCAGUGUUGGAGAAUCCAGAUGGAACCAAUGCAAUCUCUCCCGGGAGCUGGCAUGGCCGGGGGUGGUGCAGGCUAGAGAGGACUUGCCGAGAACUCGCUCAGAAUCACGACUGGGUAGUGGUGAAAGGCCCUGAAGACCUUGAGCUCAUCUCAGGUGCGGUGGCAUCCACUCGUGCUGGGGCUGGGCCAGUGGGUGAAGGUGUUUUCACUGUGGCGAAGGAUCGCUUGUUUCUCGGGUCAGUCCUCAUGACGGCGCUGAAGCGGAAGUUGAUGAGCCUGCUGGACGCACAGGAUUUUCCCGGCUAUCGUGCUUUCCUCAACCAGCAACCUGCACUAUUUAGAGGUUUGGAGUGUGAUGCCUUGGCCCCAGUCCCUGGUUUUGAGAUUGAUCUGAAUUCCCCAUGGCGUGCCAUGAACUUCUUCCAUCAGAAUGGUUUCCGCAGCAUUUCGGACAAAGACCGCUGCGGGUGGAUGCCUCUCCACUAUGCUGCGGUGAAUGGAGAUCCAGCACUGGUUCAAGAUUUGCUGGUGCUUCGAGCAGAUCCAGACCAAGGCACCACAGGAAUCCACCCAUCCUUCGGCUUUGAGAGGGGGAUGCUGCCUAUUAGCAUUGCUUGCCUCUUCCGGAACACUGACCUCAUCCAGUUUCUCAUCUCCGCCAAGGCUAAAGUGACCAGCAACGUUGUGAUUCACGGCCCCCUCCAUUGCGCCGCUGCUCAGAGCACCAGGGAAUCCAUGCGGAUCCUCUUGGAGGCUCGUUGCAGCCCGCUGGAACAAAAUUCUUUUGGCGGGACGAUCCUCCAAAUGGCGGCCUACUACGGAUCCUGUGAAGCCAUUGAUGAGCUCCCAAGACAUGUCAACACACCCCUGAAUGCAUCUGAAGCUCUUCAUAGUGCAGCCUUGGGUGGGGCAGGUGCCGAGGUGGUCCAUCGACUGGUUGAGAUCAGAGCAGAUGUGAAUAUUCAGACAGAUGAACACUUCACGCGCAAACCGCUCAUGCGAGCCGUGUACACGCUAUUGACUCUACAACACCGCUUUUACAAGGUGACUCCUUUCUCCAAGGUCAUGUAUCAUGCGAAGGGUGCAACCCCGUUGAUGGUGGCCAUGCUGUGCUGCAACCAUGAAUGUGCGGCAGCCCUGAUAUCAGCAGGAGCACAGGUUAACUUGCGGAAUGCACGUGGAUGCACUGCCGCAGACUUCGCCGUCGGCCAUUCGUUGCCGGAAUUCUUGCGGGAGGCUUUUGAAGGAAGAGUGGAGGCAUGCCGAAGGGUGUCAUUGUUGGCACGUGGUUGGGUGGAGCUUUCCUUCUGA